AUGCCCUCCUCCCCACUCAGGGUGGCUGUGGUCUGCAUGAGCAAUGUCAACAGGAGCAUGGAAGCCCACCGCGUCCUGAGGAAGAACGGGUUCCAUGUCAGGUCUUUUGGAGCCGGAUCCCACGUGAGGCUCCCAGGAGGGGCACACAACCCACCCGUGCUCUAUGACUUCUCCAUGUCCUAUAAGAAGAUGCACAGCGACCUCUCCUCGAAAGACCAAAAGCACUACAAAAGGAAUGGAGUCUUACACAUCCUGAAGAGAAAUGAGAGAAUCAAGCCUGGCCCAGAAAGGUUUCAAGAGUGCCCAGAUCCCUUUGAUGUCAUCUUCACCUGUGGGGAGAGAGCCUAUAACCGGGUGGUGGCCGACCUGUGCGCCAGGGAUCAGGAGACCUGGCAGCCUGUGCCGGUCGUCAACGUGGACAUAGACGACACCCUGGAGGCAGCCAGCCUUGGAGCCUUGAUCAUCUGUGAGCUCUGCCAGGGUCUCCAGCAGGCAGAUGACAUGCAAAGUCGUCUGGCCGAGCUGCUCGAGGCAGCGAAGGAGAAAACAGGAAGGAGCUUUCUGCACACUGUCUGCUUCUACUGA